GUGAUCAUGUGUGAUUCUUCUGCGAUGACUAGGGUGCGAUGACAAGGGCUGAGAAUACUCUUCCUCUUUCGCUGAAUAAAAGAAAAUCCAGGCGAAUUCGGCCCUUCCUAUCUGUACAGGCGGUUGCCUGGACAGCUUUUCUCUUUCUCCAGAUCUCUCGCCGCCAGACAUCACUAGCUUUCUCACUCCAACCCACCACACAUAAACAUCUGUAUUUUUCUCAGUCUACCCACAAUGCGUUUGCACAGCGUUCUCCUCAUCUUGGUCCAAAUUGCCCUGGUUGCGGGAGCUCCACUUCCUGCUGUGAAAUCGCCUUACGCUGCCGAUAGCCAAAUCAACGAUGCGCCGCUCCCAGAAACUGUUUUACCUGGAGGUGGAAAAUACGAUGUUUAAAUUAAAAAAUUGAAAUCCAAACAUCAGCACUAAAAUAUACGUGUGUGUGAUUUCGUCAAACUCGCUGGAACUGCCUUGUCAGGCUAUGGAUAUUGUAGCUGGUGUUGGUUCGGUUUUGGUUAUCCUGUCUGCGUGAAGACUCUACAACUGUGAUGAUUCGUGGUAACUAUCGAAAAUACUAAACUUGGAAGAAGAAAGGAAAAACGAAGAAACAGAGUCAUCGCCAGUUGCUUGAUAAGACCUUUUAUGUUACAUGAUAUCUAAAUCAGGAAAGCAACAUCAACCAAUUUGCAUAUAAUAUGAAAG